GAUCUUAAGGGAUUGGUAAGACUCAGAAACUUUGCCUAGAAGAAUCAGUGUCCUUGGGGAGUUACAAUUCUUAAGCGCCAGCCAGCCCGACGCCAUGAGCACGGCCUUCCCGCACAGCCUGGAGCCCCUGGAGGCGGCGACGCAGGCGGAGGUCGAGAAGAGGUUCCUCGGAUGUCGCUUCGGCCUCGUCAGGGUGAAGGAGACGGGCUUUCUUAUGCCUGCGCACUAUGCCAAGUAUGCUGAGAAGUAUUAUAACUUCAGAUUCCUCGAGGACGACGUGGUGGUCAUGACCCACCCGAAGUGCGGGACGACGUGGAUGCAGGAGAUCGUGUGGACCAUGAGGAGCGGCCUCGACUUCGACACCCCGCUGGAGCUCGGAGUUCGAUCCCCCUUUUUGGAGUUUGACUCGCUUGAAAAUCCAGAACUGGAGCCCUUGGAGGAAUGGGCGGAAGAGUUCAGGGCGAGGAACCCCGGCAAGGACCCCAAAGAGGAAGGCUUGUACCUCUUUUUGGCAGACAGUUCGCCAUCGCCUCGAACCAUCAAAACUCACCUGCCCUUUUCGCUCCUCAAUCCUUCCCUCCUUGAUACGUCCAAGGUGGUGUAUGUAGCGAGGAACCCGAAGGACGCGAGUGUCAGUUAUUUCCAUCAUCAGCGGCUUGUCAUGGUCUCAGAAUUCUUAGGGGAUUUUCCCGAAUUUUUCGACUACUUUUCUAAAGAUCUCGUUACUCAGGGACCCUACUGGAAGCACGUCGCGGAGGGCUGGGAGAAGAGGGACCACCCGAACGUACUCUUCAUCUUCUACGAGGACCUGAAAGAGGACAUCAUGCGGGAGAUGCGCCGUCUCAACGCCUUCCUGGGGACGGGGUACACGGACGAGCAGCUCCUGAAGGUCGCCGAACACACCAAGUUCUCCAACAUGAAGUCCCGCUCGACGACCAACCCCACGGAGGCGGCUGUGAAGGUCGGCCGGUUCAAGGCGGGAGAGGGAGAGUUCGUGAGGAAAGGAAUGACAGGAGGCUGGGCAUCCUACUUCACGACGGAGCUGGAGGAGAAGUUCGAACAGUGGGUCGAGAAGUGGAAGGAUGUUGCCAGCGAAAUUCCCUUCAAAUACGAAAUUAAUAAGAAAGCCUGAGGUGUUGAAACUUUCCAGGUAUAUAACGAAGGUGUAUGUUUUAUAAGGAUAUUAUUUAACUUCGGCUUCACUGGUUGGUUGAUAUAGUUUUCGAAUAUUUUUUUUAUUGUUUAUUGAGUAGGUAUAUUUUGUUAUCAUUACUUACUGGUGUAUAUGUGUGGUAUGAAAAAACUGUAUGGAAAUACGACAACGGUGAUGAAAAAUUAUAUGUGACUCUUAAA